AUGACAUCACUGGCGCACUCUCCAGGCUCGCCUUUUGACCAACAUCUGAGCACAAACACGCCAAGAGCAGUGGCUCAGUCUGCAACACUGCAAAUGCCCGCUCUUGCACUGCCACGGGGACACGAUACCGCAGAUGCGCUUUCCAAGCUGCACUUGAGCGCUAAGUCGACGCCCCGCGAUGCCGAUGCCUCCCACUCCCUCACGACAAAGGAAGAUGACGAGGAGCCGCAAGGUCCAUUCGAGGGUCCAGAGAAGCUCCUCGAGCUCUGGUUUGCCCCUUCAGCUUCAGCACUUCCCGACACAGCUAUGAAGGGUACAUCAGCUCAAGGUCCCAAGAGGGGCCUUUGUGCGAUAGAGAGACCCAGAUGGGAGGCCAUGCUGGAUCUUGUCAGCUGCAAAGUGUUGAGUGUGAUCGAGAACGAGAACUGCGACGCUUUCCUGCUCAGCGAAUCUUCAAUGUUCGUCUUUCCCCAUAAGCUCAUCCUCAAGACCUGCGGUACGACGACACUUCUGCUUGGGCUGGAGCGCAUCUUGCGUCUCGCACACGAAGCGCUCGGCCAGGCGCUUCCUGCUGAGGCGGAGGCCGAGGAGAAGCCGAUCGCGUGCUCCGACUCUGCCGUGGUCAUCUCUUCACGCGAAGAGAAGUCCGCUCGAGCACUCGGUCAAAUCGUGCAGACGGCAUUCUACUCUCGAAAGAGCUUCAUGUUUCCCGAGAGGCAAAAGGGACCACACAGGGAUUGGAUGCUGGAAGUUGCGGUGCUGGACAGGUACAUCGAGAGGGGCUCCGCCUACACUGUGGGGAAGAUGAACGGAGACCAUUGGUUGUUGUACAUGGCUUUAGCCGAUGCCUCAGACCAAGAGCAACGAGCUGCAUCAGUCUUUGCGAACAAGCUGAUUGGACUUCAAGACGAUCACGCCCCCAUCGAAAGGCCUCUGGCUCUACCCUCAUUGGGCCACCCUGGAAGCGAUCAAACGCUUGAAGUGCUCAUGACGCACCUCUCACCGGCGUCUUGUGCCCGAUUCGCGUAUCCUGCAUCGCUUCUCGCACCGGCUGGAGUUGACCGGGGGCAUCACUUGGGAGAGCAGACCUCAGACCUUUUGGGUCUCAGUGCUCUGUUUCCCAAUUCUGAGCUCGAUGCAUACGCCUUUGAGCCUUGCGGCUACUCUGCAAACGCGCUUGUUGCCGAGUCUGCCUUCAACGGCGCAGGCUAUUGGACUGUCCACGUUACACCGGAGGAGGACAGCAGCUAUGCAAGCUUUGAGACCAACGUGGAGAUCGAGACUGUCGAGCCUACUACAUUCGGGGAGUCAGAGGGGGCUGCUACGGGCGAGAAUAAUGCGCUCGCAAAGGCGGGCAUCAACAGCUUCGAAGGCUUGGUCGAGCGGGUAGUGAGCAUCUUUGAGCCUGGUCGGCUGAGCGUCACUCUUUUUGUCUCCACUUCUCGAGUCGAGGAGAGUGAAUCGGGCGAAGAUGCGUCAGAGGCUGUGGGCCAUGCCAACGCGGAUGCGGAAACGGAUACCACAUCGACGCUGAAUGCUUCCACUCUGCUCAAUGCCGAUGCUGGCACCAAAUUGCACUCGCUCGAGCUGCUCGGCUACCGACGUACGGACAGGAUCUUGUACGAGUUCGAAGGGUAUGACCUCGUCUUUGUCAGCUUUGACAAGCGAGGAGCCAGAUUGCCAAGGCGGUAGAGGCCAAUCGAAAGCAGCUACACAGCCCUUGUCAAUUUGCACACAAUUUCGCGAGGUCGAGAUUCUGACAAUGACUUGUAUCAAGUUUCAAAAUUUCAUCAUCUUUGUACAUGCAUGCUCAAUACUACUACUACUAGCU